AUGGACAAGUUGUGUGUUUGGGUCCUACUUCUGAGCGUCACCGCUGGCCAGUGUGCGGACAAUACUGGCUACCUUCUAACAAUACCGAAGAUUGUGCAGGCCGGGGCGGACGAGACGUUCUGUCUGACACUUCAUGGGAUCGAGGAGGAUGCAGAGUUCACGCUCAGUCUCGUCCACAAGGAGAAGGAUGACGAGUUUGAUUACACAUACACAUUCAGAGAAGGUCUGAGUAAGUGUGAGACGUUUCCGGUCCCAACCCAGCCCGGGACGUACGAAGUGGCGCUGAAGAAUGCCACCGACGUGAUAUCUGUCGUCCGGGAGAUUGAGGUGAAGAGUGGGAACCUCAUCACCCUCAUACAGACAGACAAACCCUUCUACCGGCCAGGAGAGGCAGUGAAAUUCAGGAUUUUAACAAUGAAAAGAGAUUUAAAAUCAAGAAAGGGAAAAAUUGAAGAAAUAUUGAUCAAGACACCCAAUGAAAUCCGAGUGAAACAAUGGCUUAAUGUUCUGUCAGAUGGGUUGGCAAGUUUCAACUACCCAAUGCCUAAAGAACCAAAGCUGGGAGAGUGGACGAUUGAAGUGACAGUGGAUGGUGAAACAACCACACAAACAUUCAAGGUGGAGAAGUAUGUCUUACCAAAAUUUGAUGUGACAAUCACUCCACCAGUUUACAUCUUGGCCAACGCAGAUGUCAUUGAAGGGGAAGUGUGUGCUUCUUACACUUAUGGAAAACCAGUGAAUGGCUAUUUGAUUCUUGAACUGUGUCUGUGGUUAUAUGGUUCUUUUGGACGUCCAUGUGCUAGACAUACCAUGGAGAUUAAUGGAUGUCGUAGUUUCUCGGUAAAUUCCUCUGAGAUGUCGAUGAAGAGCCUCGAUUAUCACUUGUUUGGUUCAGAGCUACACAUUCUGGCCACUGUACGAGAGAGGGAUACUGGACUAGAAGUGAACAAGACACACAAAGGGCCUAAGGUAACCUUUGACGCCCUGAAAAUCGUUCUUGAAGAUGAUACCAGUGGUUACUUCAAGCCAAUGUUUCCAUACCAAGGACGGGUGAUCGUGACAAACCCCGAUGGCACUGUGGCUCCAAAUGAGCUGAUUGAAGUGAACAUGGUGGACUACCACAAUGACAUCAGGGUAGCUCGUAACUUCACCACCAACGACAAUGGAGUAGUCAUGUUCACAGUAUGCGAUGUUCUCACCGACAAGACCAUCGAUUUCAGUAUCGAGGCCAAAGCGUUGCUGUACAGCGUGGAGGAUCACGAGCUCCCCAUGAACAAGCUGUACAUGCCGCGUGCCUACCGCUCGAUCAAACAGUGGUACUCCCCGUCACACAGCUACAUCGUGAUCCCCCGCGACCAGGCCGUGCACCGGUGUGGCGAGGAGAUGACCGUCACCAUUCCAUACAGCACCACACUCAACAGCUACACCACGUUCUACUACCAGGUCGUGGCAAGAGGACGGAUUCAGCACACAUCCCACAAGACCCAUCACUUCCUGCACCACGAUUCCACAGAGUAUUUGGAGGUCCCAGAGGAGCAGUGUCUGCUCCCUGUGGAGGAGGAGGAGCUGCCCUCCACCCCUCCACCCACCCCAGGAGCGGAGGCCACUCCCCCUCCCCCACAGUCGAAGACUGAAGAGGGGGAAGAAUCCAUCCCGUCGGAGAUGUUUGUGGCAGAGCCGAUGAUUGUCCCGGAAAUGUACCACCAGCUCGGGGGAGUUCGCCGCAAACGCUCGUCUGUUCUCUCUUCUGAGGGUGAAACUGUGGAGGAAGGUGAAUCAAGAACAGAGGAAACUGACGAAGAACCGAUGAUGGUGCUGCCACCUAUCAAGAAAUCGGAGCACAUUUCCCAUUUCACAAUUAGGUUUCCGCUGACAGCAGAAAUGUCACCCAAGGCCAGCCUGCUGGUGUACUAUGUGCGGGAGGAUGGAGAAACAGUGGCCGACAGCAUCGACUUCAACAUUGAAUCCUGCUUUGAGAAUAAGGUAAAGUUUGAAUUCCAAGACGAAUCAGUAGUUCCUGGAGGGGAGACAACUCUGAACCUGGAAGCCACGCCGGGUUCCGUGUGCUCGAUCGGCGUGGUUGACAAGAGUGUGAACAUCAUUGGAGGAGACCAUCAGUUGACUCCUGAAAAAGUGUUUGAGAAAUUGGCAUCAUACAAUCUGUUGUCUGGUAGCCAUAGUUACUACAGUGACAGAGAUUAUUGUGAGGACAAGAUCAAGAAAGAAGAAGCCACAUCUAAUGAGGACACUAAUAAAGCUGAAGAGCCAUCCUCUGAAGCAUACUUUGGAUGGUGGCAUUACUCCUCGAGAUACGUGGAUGCUAUACAGGCCUUCAAGCAAAUGGGUCUACAAGUAAUCACAAAUUUGGUUUUAGAAACGCGGCCUUGCUCUAAAGAAUAUCCCAUCUACUAUGAUUUUGGAGUCCAAAUGUCAUCCAGAGCUUUUGCCAUGACCAGUGAGGUGCAUAACGUUGAACAAACAGUCGGCAAACCCAAAACCGAUCUAAGAAGCUUCUUUCCAGAAAGCUGGCUAUGGGAUUUGAAAAUUGUAGGAGACAACGGGAGGCUGAGUGUCCCACUGACCGCUCCACACACGAUCACCAAGUGGGUUGGGAAUUCUAUCUGUGUGAGCGACACGGCUGGACUUGGCAUCUCCCCGCUGGCGGCCAUCACCACGUUCCAGCCAUUCUUUUUGUCCUUCACCUUGCCAUACGCUGCCGUGCGUGGGGAGCGGAUCCCGAUCAUGGUGACAGUGUACAACUACCUGGAGAAGUGUUUACAUAUACAAGUGAACCUCGAAAUGAGUCGGGACAUCUCUGUGAUAGUGCGCAAACACCAGAAGCUGCCAUUCUGUCUGUGUGGGGGAAAGACGUGGAGUCAGACGUAUUACAUGGAGCCCAAACACAUCGGAGAUCUGCCCAUCACGGCAACAGCUGAGAUUGUUCCAGGAAUGUGUGGAAAUAGCUUGGACAUGGACCAGAAAUUUAUUGGAUUAAAAGAUGCAGUUCGCAGAGAGAUCUUCGUUAAGGCUGAAGGAAUUACCCAAGAAUAUACUAAGAGUCUGUACAUCUGUCCAAAAGGUUCAGGUGCUUUGAAUGAAGAGGUGGAAUUAUCAUUACCCCGUGGUGUAGUUCCUGACUCAGCUCGUGGACACAUCAGUGUCAUUGGCGACAUGAUGGGUCCGGCCCUGUCUAACCUGGACCACCUGAUCGAGCUGCCGACGGGGUGCGGGGAGCAGACUAUGAUCAGCUUCACGCCCAACAUCUAUGUCCUCAAGUACCUGACGAGCACCGGCCAGCUCACCGAGGACAUCGAGAUGCUCACCAAGAAAUACAUGGAGAUAGGUUACAACAGAGAGUUGAAUUACCGCCACCCGGAUGGUUCGUUCAGCGCGUUUGGUGAGAAUGACGACUCGGGAAGCACGUGGCUCACAGCAUUUGUUGUCAAGUCGUUUGCAGGGGCGCGGGACUUCAUGUACAUCGACCAGAUGGACCUGGAGCAGAGCAUCACGUUCCUCAAGACAACCGCGAUGGAGAACGGCUGUUUCCACGAGGUCGGCAAAAUGUUCAGCUCCUACAUGAUGGGCGGCAUCAUGGAGGACCAGGACGAUACCGCGCUCACAGCGUUUGUCCUCAUCGCUCUACUGGAGGCAAAUGUUCCUCAAGAUGAUCGUGUACUGAAAGGAGCCAUGGACUGCCUGAACCGCCAACCGCUGGAUGAGAUGGAUGUGUACACGCUGGCCAUCGUGUCCUAUGUGAACGUCCUCAGUGACCCAACCAACCCGCACACAGACCAAGCCAUGGACGAGUUGCACAGGAGAAUCAAAUCCAAUGGACUACUGAAGCACUGGAGUCGCACGGGCAGCACGCCACACAUGAACAACAUCUACCACAUGGCAGCAUCGGCCGAGGUCGAGACAACGGCGUACGGGCUGCUGGCCACGCUCGGUUACUAUGGUGAUAAGGCCAUUACUAAGGGACAGCCAAUCGUCUUGUGGCUCUCUCAGCAGAGGAAUGCGUUUGGAGGUUUCUCAUCCACUCAGGACACUGUGGUUGGACUGAAUGCUCUGUCAGAAUUUGCGUCACGCUUGUUUGUCGGUGGCAACAAGACGGAUCUGACAGUCAGAGUUCACGGUCAGAGACUGGACAGGAAGUUCAAGAUCAAGAGUGGUGUAAACACGCUGCUGCUCCAGUCAGUGCCGAUGCCGUCACUGCCAAAGACCAUCACCAUCAGCGCCAACGGCACCGGGUGUGCCUUGGUUCAGGCUAACGUUCGUUACAACCAGAUUCCGAAGAAUCUCAAUGUCACAGAUCCUCGCUUUCACCUGAUGAUAGAAGUCCGACGAGCCAAGUCAAACAAGAAUGACUGUACAAAGCGACUACUCAGAACUUGUGUUGGGUACAGCAGAAGACAGGACCUGAGUAGUGGUAUGAGCAUGGUCACUGUUAAGAUGGUCACAGGGUGGACACCGACAGAGGAGUCACUGAGAGAGCUUCGCAGUGUGUAUGCCAUACUCAGCAUGAAGAGACACGAGUACAAUGAAAAGGAAGCCAAGCUUGUGUUUUACUUUGAUGAGAUGGAUGCACGACGACGGUGUUUUGAUUUUGAGGUAGAGCAGAACCGUGAACUGGCCGUGUCUGCCCCCAAACCAGCUGAUGUGCAAGUCUUCCAGUAUUAUGAAAAAGAUGUGACCAUUAUUAAAUCGUACAAGAUUAAGACGACGUGUGGCACUAAGGCGGAGAUUCCAUUAGAGAGUGACCAGCGAGUUGAUUUCAUCGUUCCUGUCCAGAUCCGCUCUGGUGGUCAGUCACCACCAGUUUCUCGACCAGUCAGAAAGAGGAUAACAAAAUUCCUCAGUAAACCUACCCACCUGACAAUCAAACGUGGAGAAGUGGCCAUUUUACCAUGUGCUGUGAAAAACCUUGGCUCAAAGAUAGUCAUAUGGAAAAAGAUGAUGCCAGCCAAACUGAUUUCUCGUGGAAAAAAGAUUGUUGUGCCUAGCAAUCGUUUUUACAUGCGAAGACCUGGCAAAAAUCUCUCUAGUCCAGAAUGGAACCUGCACAUCCGAGACGUGCAGAUGAAUGAUUCUGGCAUCUACGAGUGUCAGAUCGGUGCUAAACAAGAAAACUUUUUUAUAAAAAUAACUCUUAAUGUUACAGGUCCAGUUGCAUCUAUGAAAAAGCCUGAGACACCAAUUGGAUGUCCUAUUUGCCUAGCAACAAGACCUGAUGAUUUCAGGGACAUCGUUUGUAAAUCAGAUGCAGUUUAUAAAGUAAUAUCGGGACGAAAUGGAAAGUUGCCCAUGAAGAUAAAAGCAAACCUUCGGACCCGCCGGAAACAAAAACUAGAUAUAUUCGUCAACUUCACAAUAGCAGAAAACUGUAUCUGUUCUCUCAUUAAUCCUCCACGUUCUAAAAACCGAGGUCGCAGAGUAAAACGAAUUCUGGUGUUGAUGAAGAAUGUGACCCUGUCCGAAGACACGAAGUUAAGCCUUGAUUCCCGGACCUACGUGAUCAGCAUCGACAAUAACAAAUCACUGGAACAGGAAGCCAGACGGCAGGUUCGCCGGUGUAAGCGCAAACUGACGUAACAUGGAAACAAGAUGUUGCUUAUGUAACAUGGAAACAAGAUGUUUCUGACGUAACAUAGAAACAAGAUGUUACUGUUGAUAAAAAAAAACCCAGCAUUAGAUAUACCUCAUUUUAAUGAUUUCAAAUUGCUGUGCUUUCUGUAUAUAUAUAUUAGUUGUUUCUACUUUUUAAUGUUAAUGUCAGCUAUUUUGAUUGGGUAGAGUGGAAUGUCAUCAAUUUAAAUCAGUUAAUGGUCAGUGUUUAAUAUUUAUUUUAAUUGGUCAUUGUUUAAUAUUAUUUAUUUAAAUGGUUAAUAUUUAAUGUCAGUUAUUUUAAUUGGUCAGUAUUUAAUGUCAGCUAUUUUAAUUGGUCAACAUUUAAUGUCAGUUAUUUUAAUUGGUCAGUGUGUAACAUAAUCAAGUUCAAUUGGUCAAAAUUUGAUGUCAGCUGUUCAAAGGAAAAAAACCUAGUUUGAACAUGUGUAAAUGGACAGUAAAUUUAGUUAAAUCUACAAAGCUGUAACACAUCUGGAUAGAGUUACAAUGGAGUCAAACCAAAGUCUGUGAUGUUUAACUGAGGAAAUACUGUUUAAAAUAACUAGAGCUUGUCUCAAUAACCAUUACUUCUCAGAUGUACAUGUACAUGCAUUUUUAAAAAUAUGAAACAUUGAAUUUGUGAGACUAGAAACAUUACUUCUCAGAUGUACAUGUACAUGCAUUUUUAAAAAUAUGAAACAUUGAAUUUGUGAGACUAGAAACAUCAGGAUGACCAGAAACACUUUGAUAAUUGAUAAUCUAAACAAUUAAAUCUAGGUAAUGUUUUAUUUCAGUCGUCUAAAAAAAAGUCUCCAAAAGUGAAAAAUAUGCCUGUCUCACCCUUUAAUUUGUUUCAAUAUCAGCUAUUUUAAUUGGUCGGCUUGUAACACUGAGUUUAAUUGGUCAAAAUGCUCUGUCAGCUAUUUUAAUUGGCAAUAUCGUCUAUUUUAAUUGGCACUGUCAGCUAUUUUAAUUAGUAAAAUGUAUUUAUGUCACAUGAAUGAAAUUUGGUUUGUUCAAAUAAAAGCAAUAAAUUAUUAUAGAUGAUACACGAAGGUUUAUAAGAUACCUUUAUAGCCAAUUAAUGUGGUCAGAUAAUGUAGCAAUAAAAUAGGCCUACUUAUACAAUGUAUUUUGAAUUUCUUUAAAAGCCUAAAUCUUUAAGUAGUGUUUCCUACACCUGAAUAGAAUCUUCCUGCAACUUCAAUCAUUGAACUGUGUAAUUUUAGCGAUAUACUACCCUGUCCUGUAGAUUGACAACCAGAAUGUAAUUUAUGAUAUUGCAGUCCAUUAAACAUGAUGAGUUUUCUAUACUAGUUAGGUGUAGUUUGUCUUAAUAUAAUAAAAUGAAUUGGCCUACACGCAGUUCCAAAAAUAAUGCAGCUUGCACAAUAUAGUCGAAUGUAUAUACAUGUAUCUACCAAACGUUAUGUAUAUUUUGAUGUAUUUGUUGUAUUUUGUUGACUGAUAUAAAUGUAAUUUCCUAUGUUUUAGUUUGUCUAACAAUUACUCUGUUGGUUUUCUUUAUUUAUUGUAAUAACUGAUGUCAUACCAUUUUUGUAAGAGGUUUAGUGUUAUAUAAAUAUACAUUAAAACAUUUUUACUGUUUUAUUAAAAAAAAUCUCUUUACUAUGUAAAACCAUUUGGGUUUAAAUGUCAGUGUUAUUUUAUGGCAUUAGUUACCAUUAAAUAUCUUUUGUUGUUUAAUAAUAUAUAUUUUUUUAAUAUUGGCAUUAUUUUGAUAUUUGAAUGAAUUUUCUUUUUAAAUUUUAAUAUUAUUCCAGUAUACCAUUGUUUAUUACAUUGUAUAUUACAAUUCUUCAAUAUAAUGAUGACACUAACAUAUUUACAUUUAUAUACAACACUGGAUCUAUGCCAAUGUAUCAGCUGCAGAUUCAAGGUGGCAGAAUGAAACAGUGCACCCUCCCCUAUUCCAUUUUGAAAAUUUACUUUCACUGCUUAAGAAUGCAGUUCUUUUUUUUUAAUUAAAAAUUGUGCAUUCACAUGUACAUCAUUUGUCAAAUUGUAGACAAACAUCAAGAUAUAUACUCAUUAAAACCAGUAGGGUCAUUUUGUUACCUACUGUUAUACACAAAUGUAUUAUGUUAGCAUAUUUUGAUCACAGUCUUUCUAAACACUGAAAACUUUUAGCCUUGACAUCCAAAUAUGAUUCUGUGCAAUGCGUAUCACUGCAGACCAGUGCAUAUUGAUCCAUCUUGUAUUCUGCUGCUGACACACUGCUGUUUAAUAUGGGUCAAUGUAGAUCAAUCCAGUUUCAGCCGAGACACACUGCUGUUCAGUAUGGGUCAAUGCAUAUCAAUUCGGUUUUGGCUGAGACACACUGCUGUUCAAUACGGGUCAAUGCAGAUCAAUCAGGUUUCGGCCAAGCCACACUGCUGUUCAAUAUGGGUCAAUGCAGAUCAAUCUGGUUUCAGCGGACACACACUGCUGUUCAAUAUGGGUCAAUGCAGAUCAAUCCGGUUUCGGCCGAGACACACUGCUGUUCAAUAUAGGUCAAUGCAGAUCAGUCAGUUUUCGGCCAAGACGCAACAAACACUUGUGAGAGGACACUUUGUAGAGAAUUGCAACAAAUGACAUCAUCUUUGUACAAGAUUUUGUGGAUGUUGGGAAGUUUCUUCUCAUGCCAAAAACAAAAUGGAAGAGAUUUGGUGCAUGUUCCUUAGUCAAAGUGCCCACAAUAUGUUGUUUCCUAGUAGCAUUUCAGAAGAAACAAGAACCAAAACCUCAUGCAGUAUUGACCACCACCACCAUUUUGCAAAUAGUAUGUCACAUGACUUGCACUAUGUAAUGUAAACCAAACCGAACUGAAACGUAUUUGCCAUGGUACCGCAGACACACCAGAAUCCAAAACCGAACUGACCAGUAAGAGUGCUGCUCAAUCCACAUACCGGUAUGUAUGUGAAUUGACCACAAAUCAGAUUGACAAGAUUUGGUGUGUCACGACCUGUAUCCUAUCCAGUCAUUGUGCACUGAUAUGGUUUAAAGUUGGGUGUGUUAACAAUGUACUUAUGCUUUGUAAAACUAAAACAACAGCAUUUUGUAGCCCAUGUAAAGAAAAAUGCAGAAAUGGUCUCUUCAUUCUUAAUUACUUUUGCAGAGUAUGUAAUUUGGUACACCAUGGGCAUUGUUGUAACGGUUUAAGGAAGGAAGAAAUAUUUUAUUUAGCGAUGUACUCAACACAUUUUGAUUAUAGUUAUAUGGCAUCAGACAUAUGGUUAAAGACCACACAGAUAAUGAGAGAGGAAACCUGCUGUCGCCAUGUAGUAAGGGCUAUUGAACACUCGCCAUCCCACAUCUAGGACACACCAGUGUUUGUUACACCAGUUGUAGAGCGCCCCACAUCUAGUACACACCAGUGUGUGUUACACCAGUUGUAGAGUGCCCCACAUCUAGUACACACCAAUGUUUGUUACACCAGUUGUAGAGUGCCCCACAUCUAGUACACACCAGUGUUUGUUACACCAGUUGUAGAGUGCCCCACAUCUAGUACACACCAAUGUUUGUUACACCAGUUGUAGAGUGCCCCACAUACCAGUGUUUGUUACACCAGUUGUAGAGUGCCCCACAUCUAGUACACACCAGUGUUUGUUACACCAGUUGUAGAGUGCCCCACAUCUAGGACACACCAGUGUUUGUUACACCAGUUGUAGAGUGCCCCACAUCUAGGACACACCAGUGUUUGUUACACCAGUUGUAGAGCGCCCCACAUCUAGGACACACCAGUGUUUGUUACACCAGUUGUAGAGCGCCCCACAUCUAGGACACACCAGUGUUUGUUACACCAGUUGUAGAGCGCCCCACAUCUAGUACACACCAGUGUUUGUUACACCAGUUGUAGACCACGCCACAUCUAGUACACACCAGUGUUUGUUAUACCAGUUGUAGAGUGCCCCACAUCUAGUACACACCAGUGUUUGUUACACCAGUUGUAGAGCGCCCCACAUCUAGUACACACCAGUGUUUGUUACACCAGUUGUAGAGCGCCCCACAUCUAGUACACACCAGUGUUUGUUACACCAGUUGUAGAGCACCCCACAUCUAGUACACACCAGUGUUUGUUACACCAGUUGUAGAGCACCCCACAUCCCACUGAUAUUACACACGUCUUUACAUAAUUUUGUAUGAUUUAAAACCUAGUUAUUGACAUAAUCCCUUGAAUAUAAUGUUGGACAUAGUCUAUAUAGUGCCACUGUACAUAUAGUUUGUUACCGGGUACCUCAUUUUGUCUGUAAAUGUUGUGCAUGCAAGCUUCCAAAAGCUGUGUUAAAAAAUGGCAACAUUUUUCUAGAUAUUUAUCAUUUUAAAGUUUUAUACAUAUUACGUGAACAUUUUGGUUGAUUUGGAUGUUAACAUUUUCAAUUUAUUUUUUAUUUUUUAUUUAACCAAGUUUUAACUAAGACUACAUGGAUUCCAUCAACAAAAAUGAUUUCUGCUGGCACAAAAUGGGCUUAGUUGAGCAACUUUUAUGGAAUAGUCAGUGUUGCAGUGAAAUUCUUGUCAAAUUGUAGUGAUGUUUUUUAAAUUUAUAUCUGUAUAAUUAUGUUGUCAAUUUAUUGUAAAAAUUAUGUACAAGUAUUUCUUAAUUUUCUAUUUUAUUUCAACUAUUUAGUUAUUUUGAAAUUAUGUGUAACUUGUUACUAAUUUUACUUUGUUAAAUAGUGUUUGGAACUUAGGAAUUGCCUGAAGAUCUAAUAAAAAAAAAGUAGACAUAUUUUUGAAAUAACGUUAAGAAAAAUUUAUUUAAAUGACUGCUUUUGGACUGAAUGUACAUGUAGUGAAACUGCCAAUUUGACAAUUUGAAAUGGGUAUUACAAACUGUGUUGUAUAGUGGACAGAGGCAUAAGAAAGCAGCAUCUUCCACUGGGUGCCUAUAGGCAAAAGAUGGAUUGCCACUUAUGUAUCAUGUGAAUUUGUGAUCAUUUAAGUUACUAUUACCUAAAUAAAGUCGGCUAUGUAAUAUCUGCUGCCUUCUGUUGCUAUCAUAAAACUAAGAUGGUACAAGUGGGAUCUGAUUUUUUAAUCUGAAUUCUGAAUUUGUAUAUUGAUAAAAACAAAUGCCUGAUAUCAGUUUGAGGUAUUGCUCUGUAAUUUAACAGCGGAUAGAAGGAAAGAAUUUGAAAAGUUUGUUCAACGAAAAUAAGUUCCAGAUGAUCUGUUAUGUGUAUUGUAAGGAUUUCGAUUUGGUGUAUUACUAAUUUUACUGUUUUAAUUUUGUUUAUCACAAGUCAAAUUGUUUUGGUGUAUGACAUUUUUUAAGCGGCUGUACAUGUAAUUUCAAUAAAAAUAAUUAUUACAAAAAAAAAA